GGGCGGCUGUGUCACCUGACCAAAACGCUGGAGGUACAAUGGCGGCGCCCAUGCUUCGAUGGGGCUGUGCUGGAAGGCGUUGGGCUUUCGCCUGUGUGGACGGUGGUUCUCGCCACGGACUAGGCGCUCGGAAUGACUUCACACUCAGCGGGAUGAGAGGACAGAGCUCUUUGGCUCUGCAGCCACUAAUCACAGCCCAGAAGCCGAGGAAAGGUGAACACGAAUGGGCAGCUGUGGUAGGUUUGGAAAUUCAUGCACAGAUUUCUUCCAAUUCUAAACUCUUCUCUGGAUCGCAAGUCCACUUUGCAGCGCCUCCAAAUUCUUUGGUUUCUUUUUUUGACGCGUCUCUGCCUGGAACUUUGCCGGUUCUCAACAGGAGGUGUGUAGAAGCAGCCGUGAUGACAGGCCUGGCACUGAACUGCCGCAUAAACAAGAAGUCCUUGUUUGACAGGAAGCACUACUUCUAUGCCGACCUCCCUGCAGGCUACCAGAUCACCCAGCAACGGCUUCCGAUUGCUGUGAACGGGAGCUUGACUUACGGCGUCUGCCUGGGGAAGAAGCGGAGGCAGGUCAUCACCAAGAUGGUGAGGAUCAAGCAGAUCCAGCUGGAGCAAGACAGCGGCAAGAGCCUCCACGAUGACCUGAGGUCUCAGACGCUCAUUGACCUGAACAGGGCGGGAGUUGGACUUCUGGAGGUGGUCAUGGAGCCUGACAUGACCUGUGGAGAAGAGGCAGCAACGGCUGUCAGGGAGCUGCAGCUGAUCCUUCAAGCCCUGGGGACGAGCCAGGCAAACAUGGCAGAGGGCCAGUUGAGAGUGGACGCCAAUGUAUCUGUGCAUCACCCUGGGGAGCCUUUCGGUGUUCGAACUGAAGUGAAGAAUCUCAACAGUGCCAGGUUCUUGGCCAAAGCAAUAGACUAUGAAAUUCAGAGGCAAAUCAACGAACUUGAGAACGGAGGUGAAAUUCUGAAUGAAACCCGCUCGUUUGAUUCCACACUGGGGUGCACUGUGCCAAUGAGAGACAAAGAAGGAAAACAGGACUACAGGUUCAUGCCGGAGCCUAACCUGCCUCCCCUGGUGCUCUAUGACGCCGCCUCCCUGCCUGCUGGGGCCGACUCACGGCAAGUGAUCAAUAUCGACUACAUUCGGGAGAGGCUCCCCGAGCUGCCCAGUGUGACCCGAGAGAAGCUCAUUGAACAGUAUGGGAUGCUGCCGGAACAUAGCUUCACCUUAUUGAAUGAAGCUGGCCUGCUGGAGUUCUUCCAAAAUGUGAUAAAAGAAACUAGGGCAGAACCCAAAGUGGUGACUAGUUGGGUCCUCAACAUUUUUCUGGGUUAUUUAAAGCAACAGAGCCUGGCUGUCAGUGAGAGUCCCAUCACACCCUCUGCGUUGGCCGAGCUUCUCACCCUGCUGGACCACAAAGUGAUUUCCUCGUCAGCAGCUAAACAGGUAUAUACCUGGGAGUGGAAUUGCUGGGCCAACAUGGUGACUCCGUGUAACCUUUUGAGGACCUGGCAGACUGUUUUCCAAAACGCUGUACCAUGUAUGUUCCCACCAAAAAUGUGAGGUUCCAGUUUCUCCACCUCCUUGCCAGUGCUUGUUAACAUCUGCCUUUCUUAUUAGAGCCAUCCUAAUGGUGUGAAUAGAGUCCCUCAAUGGUGCAGAGGGUUAAGUGCUCAAUGCUAACCAAAAGGUUGUAGGUUCGAGUCUACUGAGAGGCACUUCGGAACAAAGGUCUGGGAGUCUCUGCUUACAAAAAAUUAGCCAUUGAAAAUCCUAUGGGACAGAGUUCUGCUCUGACACACAUGAGGUCACCGUGAGUCAGAAUCAACUUACAUUUAAUUUUACUUGAAUUUAACAGAAGUAAACCUUGGGUUUUAGAAACCUGUGAGUCAGGGGAGGCGCAAGCCCAUGAGAAGGGCUCUGACUGCUGGUCUCUGAUGCCUCUGACAACUUAGUGCUCUUGGUUUCCCACUGAUGCUGGAACAGAAUACUACAAGGGGGUGGCUUUAAUGGACAGAAGUUUAUUUUCUUACAAUUUAGGAGAUGAGGAGCCUGAAUUCAGGGCACCAGCUCCAGGGGAAGGCUUUCUGUCUCUGUCCAUUCUGGGGGGAAAUCUUUGUCUCUUUCAGCUGCUUCUCUUUCUUGGUGCUCUCCACGUGGCAUCUAUCUUUACCCAUUUGGUGCUUCUGUACCUAAUGAACUCUUUAUAUCUCGAGUGAUUGGCUUAAAACACACCCUACACUGGUAUGCCUCAUUAACAUAACAAAGAAACCCCUAUUCCCGAAGAGGGUUACAUCAACAAGUAUAGGGGUUAGGAUUUAUAACAUAAUUUUUGGGGACACAACUGAAUCCAUAACAAGGUCCCAUUAGUGAUUGGCUCUUGGGGGUGAGGAAAGUGGGCUGAGUGACUCCUGGGGAUGACAGGUCGACAGAAAGAAUCAUCCUGUCCUGAGGACAUUCUGAAUUCCAAGGAAUCACCCACUUGACGUUCUAAUUUGUUGUUAAUCUGGCAUCUGGCUGUGUUGGCCUGCCCCUCGCUUACACCACUGCUCCUCAUUUCCCUCACACACUGCCUGUACCUUCCUCUACUUCUGAGAUUCACAGACAUCGUCCUCUAAGCACUGUGCUGGGGAGCGGGGGUUAUAUAUCAGUGUGAGCGACGUCCUGGCAUCUGUAGACAAGUAUCCUAGGUUCCUCUCACGAGUUCCCAUUCUGUCUCUUGAAAUAGCAAGUGGCAGUCCCCACCUUCCACCCUCGCCAAGCAUAGGGCCAGCUUGAACACACCAGACACCUAGUCCUCAGUCACAGCUGACCUGCCAGGAACACCUCAGUGAUUUACGGCCUGCUGGCCAGAGUCAGGGCCUAGGGGGAAACCACCGCCCAGGGUGUGCGUGCCUCUCCUUGUGCACACCUGGAAGGAGAUGCACAUACAGUCCACGUUCUCCAGGGAUCGCCAGGUUGAUUUCAGUGAGACUGGGUGGGAUUAGGCUUCUCCAGGGAUGGAAAUCUUGUUUUAAUGCAAAAGUGUGCCGGUUAACUAAUUUUCUCUUGCUCUAAAAUCACAAAAAAAACCUUUUGAUCUAGAAAGUGUUAUGUAUCAUGGAGUCAGCUGUGCUACAAGUGAUUUGAUGCCUUUUAUUCCUCUUUUAGUACUUUAGUUCUUUGCACAUUUUAUUGUGCCCUGCAACUCUUGGGGGGCCUUGGGUUGACGUUUGUGCCUUCAAGAAGAAUGACCUUUGACAAUACUUGCUUUGGACAAAAGGGGGCCCUCCCUCUCUGUCGUCUUCAUGGUUCCCUCCACCGUCUUACUUGAACAGGUCCUUCCUCCACACUGAGCUCCAGAGCCCUGGGACAGGCAGGGACAGGUUGGGGGCCUGAGUGCUUUCCUGCAGCUUCCCUAUGACAUACUUUACAAAUAGCUCUAGCUGCAGAAAACAGUUGAGUAGCAAUCAAGAGGUCCGUGUGUGAGCCUGGUCCCCAGAGAACCAAAGGCCAGGUUUCUUCCCUGUCUGUCAGAGUUGGCUCGAGUGGCUCUGUGGAAGUGAGGUGGUGUUCCCAGCUUCCAUUUCCCCAUCCUUUGGGUGGCCACUCACCAGCGCUGGGCACCAGCUUUGCACUAGAAACUCCCUGCCAUGUGUUUUGUCUUGGGUGGACAGCAGGGGGGCCAGGACUUGUGUUCCUGGCCAGAAACAACUGCACUUGGAUAGCACUUCCCAGGGUGGUGACUGACAAGCCAAGAAUAUAUCCUGCAGCGCGAGGCCUGUGGGGCUGGG